AUGCAUGCCAAAGCAGCGUUCGCUUCGCUUCUGAGCUCCGGCGCCAUGAUGGCGGUUCAUGCCGCCAGCAAGCCAAUUCUCUCAGCCAACGCUCAAACUCUGUUCGACUACUCGAUGGCGGUCCAGGACUCCAGAUGGGACGAUAGCUACAAGCUGGUGUGGUACCAAGACAAGGGUCCGUGGUCCAUCAGGUUCACGGCCUGGUACACGGCGGGGCUCCUCCAUCGCAACGAGGGCGACGAUGUCGAGAAUGCAAAGGCGGCCAUUGAAAACAUUUUGGCGAGCCAGAUGACGUCCGAUUAUGAAUCGGCGUGGUAUGGAACUUUUAAGCUCUCGCCCGACGAACCCGACCCGACCCCCAACUCCACGCUUUAUCCACCGGAGAUCUAUACUACGUACGACCCCAAUUGGAGAGAGUUCAUCGGCACACAGCUCAUCCAAGAUGUGGAGCUUUACUCCGACCUCCUCGGAGACGACCUCGUCAAGAAGAUCGAAAACGCGCUCGAAAUCCAGGCCGUCGGCGCCAUGAGACGCAACGGCAGCUACCCGGAAGACGACAACCUCAUCCUCGGCUACUCCAACCCGGCCCUCAUGCGCGCCCUCACCGUAGGCUGGAUCGGCGCGCGCCGCCAGAACUCGACCUUCGUCGACUUCGCCAACACGCAAGGCACCGACCUCCUGAAGCUCUUCCAGUUCAACGGCUCCAACACGCUCGGCGAGUACAACGCGCCCAACUACUACGGCAUGGACGUCUGGGCUCUGGCCGCCAACAUCGCGUACGGACCCCGCAACGCCACGCUCACCAAGAACGCCGAGUUCAUCCUGACGGAGCUGUGGAGGGACACCGCGCAGCACUACAACCCGUACCUCGGCAACCUCGUCGGUCCGUACGACCGCGCGUACACCCGCGACAUGACGAAACACUCUUCCAUCCUGCCGAUGUACUGGUGGGCCGUGUUCGGCCGCGAAUACGGGCCGCAGCCGCCCAAGGGCGAGGGUGACCUCCUCUUCGACGCGGCGCAGGGUGCCGCGAUUUCGCUGGUCGCCGAGACCGUUUCCAAGUUCAUCUCGAACAGCACUGCCUCGGCGCUGAAGUCUAAGGGUCCCUGGACCGGUUCGCGAAGCCUGAGUAGGGUGAUCAAGGAGGAGCUCGAGACGGACUACACCCGCACGACCACGUCUUGGAUUAGUGCGCCUCUCAUGGUCGGUGGUCAGCGGCUCGCCGAGACCAAGAACCGUGGAAACCAGUUCGUCCCGGCCAUCGCACACUGGGCUUCGGAUCCGGCUCAUAAGCCGUGGCCCUACAUCGGUUUCUUCGUGCUGUAUCCGUCAGCUUCGACCAUUGAUGCGGUUGCGGGCGAGAAGUUCCUGAGUGUUUCGUACCCCAACAAGACGCAGGAGGGUUCUGAUAUCUUCACGUUCGCCUUGUCCGGGAUCCCGCCGUCGUGGACUCUGGGAGGGAAGACGAUCACCGGGCUGGAGGAUCUCCCGUGUUUAAACGUCAAUGUUUCUGCCCCGGGGUUGGAUAAGCUGCCUGUUUCGUACGGCCAGCAGCUCAGGAACCAUUGGUAUUACAACGUGUCGUAUGCGGUGCCGGCCGACUUUGAGGGUGUUCCGCAAGUCAACUUGACGAUGGAGUACACCUGCGAAAUCUAG